GAAAGCUUCCUUUAAUUUUGUAGGUUAGAAAUAUUUUAAAUUUUUCAGUUUCAAUUUUUUUAGUUUAUUCUAAAUUCAGAUUAUUUGCAUCUAUAGGCGAAAGUAUUAUUUUAAAAUAGAAGCAAAUAGAUAUAAAGGGAUUUUUGGUGUUAUACUUACGGUUGUAUUGUAGAUAUAAAAUAAAAGUGAUUCUAAAUCCUUUUUUAUGAAAGUUGAAUCCAAUUGUAUCCAAUAAAAACUUAAAAUGCCAUCGGAAAUUAUACUUAUAACGGGUUUUGGUCCAUUUAAAGAUCACAAAGUAAAUGCUAGUUGGGAAGCUGUAAAGGAAUUGAGAACUAUUGCAGAAUUGAAACAUUUGAUUAUUCAUGAAAUCGCAGUAGAAUAUAAUCAUGUUGAUGUUGUAGUACCCAUGUUAUGGAAAAAGUAUGACCCAAAGCUUGUGAUACAUGUAGGGGUAUCAAGUAUAGCCAAUAAAAUUACAUUAGAAACUUGCGCAUUUAGAAAUGGUUAUAAUCGUUUGGACUGUAAAGGUAAUACAUUAAAGAAUGGUGAAUGUGCAAAUGAAAAAGGCACUGAUGUGAUAUUUACUGAGCUGAAUACUCAAGAAAUAUGUAACGCAAUAAAUAACCAAGGAAAAUUAAAAUCUUGUGUAUCAAAAAAUGCAGGACGAUAUUUGUGUGAAUACACUUUUUACAAGUCUCUUACUAUAGAUAAAGAAAGAACUUUGUUUGUGCACGUACCGCCACUGAAUUCCCCUUAUAAUGAAAGGGAGCUAGCAGAGGGUCUUUUAUUGAUUCUUCAAAAAGCACUAGAACAACUUGAAACUAAAGAUAAUGAAGUGUAAAUCUCAGCAUUUUAACUAAUCAUUAAUUAACACUGAAUUUAUUGUAGGUAUUAAAAAAUAAUAUUGUUAAUAAAAU